UGACACAUUAAGCAAAGAGAGAAGUCACUGCAAUCGAGUGCAGGCAUCUAUGAGAGCUGCAAUACAGCUGAAGCACAUAAUAGCAGGUGGAGAUAUUGCUGGACCGGACCGAAGAUGGCUGUUAAUUUUGAUUUAAGCUUUCUGAAGGAACUCGAAAGAGAAAAGGUACUUGACGUCUUGUAUCGAGACCAGACACUUCAGAAAUCAGAAGAGGAAAGAAUAAGAAAAUUGAAAGCACAUCUACAACAGCUUCGAUGGAAAGGUGCAAAAAGUGCAAGUCAAGAAUACCAAGAGAGGUCUUGUGCCCGCUGUCAGAAAGCCCUCGGAAGGAUUGUGAACAGAGGCGUUGUUUGCAAUGGUUGCAGCCAUAGAGUCUGUCAUGGAUGUCAGGUUUUUCGCAGUAGUCUAGCGUGGAAGUGUACAGUUUGCAAUGCUCAUGGAGAUAUUAAAAUAAAGACUGGUGAAUGGUUCUUCGAUGAAAGAGAAAAGAAAUUUCCAUGUGCAGGAAAACAUGAAACAGCUGGUGCUAAGCUUUUGAAAACCUACCAAAAAUUUAAUAAGAUUUCUGUUGUCCCUCCAACACCACCUCCAUUCUCUGAAGUAUCUCUGGCAUAUAACAAUGAGGAGCUCAACAAGACAAAAGGUUUUCAUAAAUCAAUGGAAAAUCUCUUCCUAUCUCUCAGCACACAAGUAAAAAAAAUUUCCAAGUCACAGAAUGAUAUGCUGAACGACAGAAUACACCUCUCUACAAACUAUGGCAAAGUGGCAGAAAGAAGAAAAGAAAGGAGGAGUCAUUCUGACACUGCCAUUAAUAUAGCUUGUCAGCUGGAAAAGUCCAUCAGUUUGCAUAAUCUUAUUCACAAAGCCAAAGAGGAAGAACUUCAGCUACAAAGGACUAGAAGCCAAGAGGCAGUGGAAAGUGAUGGUGCAAAUCAGAGGGUGUUCUUUGGGAGCAUGAAGCAGUCUAGCAUGAGCAGCAUCAGUAGUGUUUGCACUGAUGGGGGAAGCAUUGACAAUGGAAAUGUCAGUGGAGAAAUUGAGUUUGCCAUCAAAUAUACUCCGAAGACUUCAACUCUAGAAAUAUCAAUUAAAGGAUGUAAGAACCUGACACAUGGAGAAGAGAAGAAAAAGAAGUGUAAUCCAUAUGUGAAGACAUACUUGCUUCCAGAUAGAUCUUCCGCAAGUAAAAUGAAAACAAGUGUUAAAAAGAAUACAAUGGACCCAUUAUUCAAUGAAAGUUUAAAGUACACCAUUGACCGCUCCCAGCUGGAGACAAGGACGCUUCAUGUGUCAGUAUGGCAUGCAGGUACUCUGAAGAGAAAAGUUUUCCUAGGAGAAGUGACGAUACCUCUGGAAUUAUGGGACUUUGAGGACAACUCCACACAGUCUUUCCACUGGUAUCAGCUUAAAGCAAAGCCAAAAAAACAUGAGGAGGGCACAGUACAAUAUCAUGGGGAGUUGCGUCUGAGAAUCAGAUUGGAAAUACCCCCAGUUCCCACAACCUUCCAGUACGAACACCAUUCAACUUAUGGUAUGGAAGGUAAACAUUUGGGAGUGAUUCAGCUUCAUCUUGUAAUAAAAAGUGCCAAGAAUUUGCUGUCAAGACCAGAUGGAACGUUAAGUCCAUUUGUAAAAAGUUGUCUUAUCCUGCCAAAUAAACAUGAAUUAAAGCAAAGGACUCCAGUUCUAAGAAGACAAACCUCCCCUGAGUGGAAUCACACCAUCAUUUAUAACAUCAUGAAUCAAGAAGAUCUGAAGAGGUCACGCCUAGAUCUCACUGUUUGGGACCAGGGCCUGAAUGAGCUCUUUGUUGGCGGGACUAGUAUGAGCACAGGUGAUGAAGCCAGUGCAUCAAUCUACCACCAAUCUGCCCAGUUAAUAUGGCAGCAACUUCUCGCUGCACCCAACACAUGGGACUCUGAAGGUGAGAGUUCUGCUUUUGGAUUCCUAGGUCUGCAUACCUGCCGUGACGAUCACGAGUGGGUCCCACUCUUCCAGCUGGAUACUGAAUUUAUUUUUUAA